AUGACUGCUCCGCUAGCGCAACCUACCGUGGCCGUGGCUGCCAAAGACACGGCGGCUACCAUCCGCAAGCGCAGAAGACGCGCCCCUGCUGGUGGUGCUACGGACGACUGCUUUACAUGCUCUAAGCGCAAUGUCAAAUGCGAUCGACGCCGGCCCUACUGCUCUCAAUGCCUCGAGAUCGGCAACGAAUGCUCUGGCUACAAGACCCAGCUUACCUGGGGUGUCGGCGUUGCCAGCCGCGGCAAGCUUCGCGGGCUGUCUUUGCCCAUCGCAAAGGCACCUCCAGUCACCCGCGAGCCGAAGAAGUCGCCCGUCUCUCGGGCAAGGGCCCAGUCCAGCGCCGCCGCUCUCUCGACAAAACUAGCUCGAAGCCCAAUUGAUAUUCCCUCAACCACACAUACGGCUUCGACGCCUACCACCCCGGCAUACCAAGUACCUGCGUACGACUACCUCUCCAUCUCCCAUCACGGCCACGCCCCGUCAAUGUCCCAGAGCAGCUGGGGCAGCGUCGGUUACGCACCCAGCCUUGUGCACUCGCCAGACGGAACACCGAGAUAUACUAGAUAUCCUCUCCAUCUCAGCACCGAUGCGCUUUCUUCCUCGUGCGAGUCGGUUGGCAGCGAAGUGGAUUAUCUCUCUCCUUUGAGCCAAUCAUAUGCUCGCGAGGAGAUUCCCUUCAACCACAGCCCGACUGUCUUGUACGAAGGAUAUCCUGCGCAGCACAGCUCCCCAAUUGCGCAAAGCCCCCCAACCGUGCUGGUUCUUGACCACUGCCGCGCCCCUACCUCCUAUCCCGGGCUGGUCUACGCCCCCUCAGAGGCCCAUCAUGCUAUCAGCCACCACCACAUGGAUCCCUUUGAGUCGCACCUUGGCCACAAGCUUAUGCGGGGGUGUGAAAGCCUCACUGGCGCCAAGACGGCUCUGUUGGCCAAAAUGCCCUUUUUCAUGGAUUAUUUCAGGAUCACCAUGGCCCCUUCUAUGGUCUUCAUAGAUGGCCCCCACAACCCUUUCAGAGAACAUGUCCUUCGCCUGGCACGAGACAGCCCGAGCGUGCAACACGCCAUCUGUGCUUUAUCAGCUUGUAGCUUGCGGAUGAAGAGGAGAUUGAGCCUGGGACUCGGAACAAGCGAGUUGCUCGCAACUCUGAUGGUGGAGAAAGAGACCUCUGAGGCGACUGAGGCGUCAGAACUAGAGGAUAAAUCACUCUAUGAUGAGAUACAACAUCGAAGCAUGGCCGUACACCUUCUGAACCAGCAGCUUAGCGAUCCAUCAAAGUCGUGCCAUGACUCGGCGCUUGCAACAAUCCUCCUUCUCUGUCACUAUCGAAUGGUUGAAUCCGGCAUUGCAAAGUUCCAUACGCAGUUUGCAGGCGUGCGCAAGAUUCUGGCCAUGAGGAAAUCCCGAGACUCGACUCCUUCCGGGGACUCUACAUGGAUGGAGGCUCUGUUUACCUACCUUGAUGCCAUUUCGGCUAGCAUCAACGAGCGAGAAGCACAACUGGCUCCUGGCUUCGAGGGGGCUUCUCCUGACGUGCAGGAUCUGCCUGCUGGAUCUGAAAACAUGAUUGGGUGUGAUCGCAGCCUCUUCAAAACCAUUGGCAAAUUAGGUCGCCUGAAUCUCUUAUCACAACACCGUCCCGUACAAGGCAUGAGCGAGCAAACUCAACCGCAGCAGGAGGCUCACGGACACACUGAAACAAUUUCGACUCCACGCCCAGGCGAAAACGGCUUGGCCACUAAGCUCGACGACGACGAGAUGCUCGCCUCUGCGAUGUAUUCAUCGGUAUCCUUUGACGAACGCCAAUACCUUUUCUGGAGGGAGUGGAAAGCAGCACGGCAGGAGCUUCAGGACUGGCGGUUCGACGCAACCUCGGUGGCUAUGUCACUACCAGGAUCACCAACCACAAGCCAAAUACAUGAUCUGGGAGCUGUCUCUGAGGCGUUCCGAUAUGCGGCUUUGCUCUACUCUGAGCGCCUAGCGAACCCACAUGGGCCUUCGACGCACAGCAACUUCCAGAAUCUGGUCAGCCAAGUUGUGCAUCACGCAACAAGUCUCGAGACCGGUAGCGCCGCAGAAAAGUUCUUGCUAUGGCCCCUGUUCGUGGCCGGGUCAGAAUGCAUCGUGGAGUCUCAACAGCACAUCAUACGCGACAAGUGCCGUGGCAUCAUGAGCCGAUCCGGUUACAUGAACAACUUGGCAGCGCUGGGCGUACUCGAGAAGCUAUGGUCAGGGGAGGUCAAGAGCGAAGCCAAACUUCACUAUUACGACGCCGCGGGAACUGGCAAAGGUCCCUUCAACUGGACCAAGUGUCUCGGCGGGCCAGGAGCCGGGGUUGAGUGGAUCAUGUUCUGA